AUGGGUUCAUCCAUUAGCAAGGCCAAUCACGAGGAGGCAAUUUCGUACAUACAACUUUCUGAUUUAUUAAAUGAUGAUGAAACAGUUAUACAAGGUUACAUAGAGCUAUUGAGGAAACAUUUUACAGUGGAUCUUUCCACUUCAACUAGUCCAUUUCAAGUUCAGGAUGCUCUUAUAGAUUUUGAAAAGCAUGUGUUGAUUCCAAAUGUUACCAGAUUAUGUUUUGGCUCAUUGAAUAAUCAGAAGUUAGCAGGAGUCCUUUUGAUUGCUAGAACGGUGCUUUUAUUUCCUUCUCUUGGGUUGGUGUCUUUCCCUGGGUUCAAAUAUCUUUGGAAGAAAAAACAUACUACAAGUGUUCCAACAAGAAAUUCUGUUGCAAGAGCUUCUCUGAAUCAAAAUAUAUACAAUAAAGUGAUUUUCAGAAAACUUGAAGAUGAUUAUUUUGAAAAAAGAUUUAGACUCAUUUUGGACGAAAUCAGAAAGAAACUGGGAUCUUUAGAUGAUGAUGUUAUUGAAAAGAUGAUUUUAAAAUUUGGCAAUGAUAGUUUUAUUAAUUUAGAUGAGGCCGUUUUUGUUACUUUCAAUGAAGCGGAAACCGCUAAAUGGAUUUUGGCAAAAGUUUUGAAACCAAUAGUUUUUUUGUCCAAUUAUUUGUUAGAUAGAGAUGGUGGUGAAUUGAUUUCAACUCUACAGAAGGCAGAAUACCUGAAGAUGGAAAAAUUCAAAAACCUUCCAAGUGGUGACUUUAGAUUAUGUGAAGAAACUUUCCAUACAUAUCCAGAUAUUACAAUAGUUUUCAAGCCUCAUGAUUCAAAUUUGUUCUACAAUAUAGCUAAUUUUGAAGUCAAGUUAUUUAAUUGCAUCAAUGAGUUUUUACAAGUUGGAGCGGUAAAGUUUAAGCCAUGGUUUUUACAAGUAUUUAGCCAAAUCAUUUCAGGCAAUUUUUUAAUUUCAUGUUUGACGGAUGGUUAUAGUUUUAUACUCAUGAAGAUUGACUUCAACAAGCAGUUAGAAGAUUUCUUAUCUCAUCCAGACAAACCAGGUGCUAAAAUUCCAAUAUCUUUCAAAUUGGUCAAUAUAACAAAAAGUGGUGUCACUGCAAAAGCUUCAAUUUUAGGGAUGUUAGAUGAUGAAGUAAGAAAUUUUUCAGAAUUAGAUUACAAAAGAAAGAUAUCGAAAAUUCAAAGGCUCAAAGAGAUAUGCUUGAAAAGCAAUGUUGAAUUUGUGCAUACGUUGAUUAACUGGGUUAACCACCACUUUAGGGAAUCCAAAAAUUAUCCUUCAUAUGAGAUUGAUUAUGCUCCAGAUAUAUUUGAUGAAAAUCAUAUUUCAUUAUUUCAGAAUGGUCCUGGUGAAGGUCCUCAAAUUUUACUAGUUUCUAAAGCACUCUGCAAAAGGUUGUUAAAUGUCAAAUCAAUUAAAAUUAAUGAUCAAGAACCUGUUGCUAUUUCCAUUUAUGAUCCAACGAGAUAUCAAAUUCAAAAUUAUACCGAAGGUGAUGCAUUAGGUUUGAAAGAAGCUCGAAAUUUGUUCAUGGAUAUGUAUAAGAAUCAAGUGAAGGCAUAUGGUAUUAUCAAGAAGUUCAAUACACUGAAUGGAUUAAAAAUAAAUGCAUUGGCACAUUUCAAAACUGGUAAUAUUAAAUUAAAGAUCAAAGAUUUUUCUUACUAUGCUGGUAAAUUUAUAAUCCAUGAGCAUGCUACAGGCAGACCUUCUACAAAACAACACUAUGAACAAGCUAUUGAACAAGUCAAUCUUUUGAAUGAAGCUGGUAUUCAAUUAGAUUACAUUGAUGAAAAAGAUAUUGUCUUAGCUAAAGGAAAAAUCUACUUGACCAACUUUAAUAAUGCAACUUUUGGGAAAGUCAAUGAAUGUGAUCCUGGGUGCUUAUCCAUGCUUGAAAGUUUGAGGGACAAUGCAUCAAAAUCUAAGAGGUCAAAGCAUAAAUGA